GCUAUCAUAGGCACUGAUAUUAAUAUGACUGAUCGGCUAAGUAACUCUCUGCUUAUUGGUUCAUUUUUUUAAACUCUAGUUAAACAACCUAAUAUAUUUUGAUUAUUUACUGUAGCACCAAAUGGAAUUAUAUAUUUUUUUCUUUUACGCUUCCUGUUUUAUGCAUCAUAGACGUCCUGUGUAGUCGCUCGUUGUUUGCUUUUACUACUUCAGCAAUAGCUCCGAACUUUACAUCCAAUUGUAGGAGUAAGUUCCAUCGACAUGUCCAGUGGUCCAAAACUGUAAGGGGGUCUUUCCGAGCUGCCGCGAACGCGUCGCGGCGGCAGGAGUAGUGGGGGUGAGGCUGGCCGUCAGGUAGCGGUCAAGCUAACUUCACAGCUAACGAUGCCUGGGAAAUGUAAAUUCCAAGACUCCUGGCUCGCCAAGGAAAUCUACAAGGACUGGCUGCGGAAGGACGUGCAGGACAUCCACUUCGCCCGGUGCAGGGCCUGCUGUAAAUCCAUCAAGCUGCAGACCAUGGGCGAGGCUGCGCUCACCAGCCACGCAGGGGGAGCCGGCCACAAAGCGGCGGUGCGCAAGCUGGUGGAAGGUGACGUCACGCGCUUCAGUGGUAAUGUGAUGAUGAUAAAUGCCGCUGGGCAAAUCAACGGCAGCAUCAAUCGGCACGAGGACAGCAAGGAGCAAGUGUCCGUCUGCCUCCAGCGGGACACCUUGGACAGAAUGACAGGCAGUGACUGGUCGGAUCUGCACCACAGCCCCACCAACAACUCCACCUCCCACAAUGCCGAGCUGCAGGAUGUGACGUUUCCCUCUGCCUACUUCACAGCGCCAGGCACCUCCAGGCUCAUUGGCCAGCGUCUCCAUCAGCCAGGCAGCGAGGCGGAGGAGGGCGGCCACGGCCUGGCCCCGCACGACUCCGUCGACCUGUCGCGGAUGGAGCACCAGCAGAGGACCGAGGCCCUGGAGCAGCAGCAGCAGAUGAAGAUCCUGGAGUGGGAGAACAGGAUGAAGUUGCUGGCUUGGGAGCAGGAGCUGGUGAGGGAGAAGAGGAGAGCGGCGCGGCAGAAGGAGAAGGCCUUCAGGAUGAAGAAGGCGUACUACAGAGCCAAGUUAAAACGGAUGGGCGAGGACGUGCCGCCGUCUUCCUCCGGAAGCAGCGACGAAGAGGAGAAAACAGCGGAUCCGACAGGAUGAAGUGGUUUUAUGGAUGUUUUUAUUUCAUUCGUAUAAUCUUUUGUCUACAUGUCAUGGAACUAUUACUAUUUUUAUACAGUACAUUGGUUUGUAUUUGAAUGAUAAGAGGGGGUUCUUUAAAUUACCUGUUUUUACACACAGAUCAAAUGAUGCCUAAAUGAGUAAGACUGAAUCAGGGAUAUGGAAAUGUACUGCUGCCUAAAACAGAAGUAAGAUUACUUCCACUCCACACAAAAGUACGACUGUUGCUAUUUUCAAAAUAUUCUUUUAUUCCAAUGGUAAGAACAUACAACCCACCCCUCUUCAAUGUGACGACCAUCUUUCUACCAGACAGCCUUAAGAGAGAAUCGGAAAGAUUCAAAGUCAAACCUAGCUACUAACUGUAGCAAUACAAGUACACAAUAGUCACGUGGAAUGUGAAUACCUGUUACUUUGCACAUCUUGUAGAAAUUAACUGAGUGAAAUUUUUUUUUGUAAUCUGUCAUUUAUUAUAUUGAUGCUUCAAAAUUCAUUGAUGCUUCAGGACCGUAAAGCUGCUCUGAGGAGAAUAUCGUUUUAAUGAUGUACUGAGAUUGAUCUGAUCACUGCAGUUGUAGAAAUGAAGCGCCAUUUUUCUAAAUAGACAAUCUUUAAACAGAUGUAAUCGGCAAAGCUUCUAGCACUGCAUGUUAACAUGAAAACGUAUGCUUUAGAAGUUUUUUUUUUUUUCUUUGUGAAUAAAUUUGCGUUUGGUACAAAGAUUGAUCCGACCACAGAUCAUUGAAAGAAACUAUGUGAAUAUGUGGGUGGUGAAACCUAUAGUCCACGGCCAGAUAUAUGUAGACACCAAAAUCCCUGCAUGUGAUGCAGACAUUCAUCUGCUCUUCUGGGAAGGUUUUCCACAACAUUUGGGGAGGCUACUACUCCCUACAACUAACUUUAGGUACGAAAAUGUCCUAUUCCCUAUUAUGUUAGUUUUAAUAAAUGUUAAAACAUUU